AUGAUUCAGGGUCCUGAGUCGAGUAGGAUCAUACUCAAACUUGGGGAAGAUAGCGGACUGUACCUUUUCAGUUCAGAAAAUCCUAUAUCCCAGUAUAUUAUCCUAAGUACGAGAAACACCUCUCCAAAUACACUUAGGAUGCGGACCUGCAUAUCUACUGGCGCGGGUAAAUUUGUAUCAGAUGGCCAGGUGAUCUUGUUUGCAAAUUGAUUAUAUCCUAUUUAG